GUUUCAGGAGACAGAACUUCCUUCCAUUUAUGAAUUUUAUAGUAUUCUUAAAGGUAAGAUCUUACAAGAUGACUAUAAACACGCACAGAAAUCACUAUGUUUCUGCCCAUCAUUAUUCUGGGAUGGAAUGCUUAAGAUGUCAGGAGUUAGGAUUGAACUUUUCACAGAUAUAGCUAUGCAUGAUUUUAUCAAAAAAGCUAAAUGUGAUG